AUGGUGAAUACAGUUAGCAGGAGAAAGAAGAUUUCAAUGAUUGGUUCUGGUAUGAUCGGAGGAACGAUGGGUUACCUAUGCGCCCUUCGAGAGUUGGCUGACGUUGUUCUGUUCGACGUCGUAAAAGGCAUGCCAGAGGGGAAAGCGUUGGAUGAUUCGCAGGCGACCAGCAUUGCAGACACGAACGUGAGCGUGACGAGCACGAACACGUACGACAAGAUCGCAGGAUCGGAUGUAGUGAUUGUAACAGCAGGGCUGACGAAGGUACCGGGAAAAGCUGACAAGGAGUGGAGCAGAAAUGACCUCCUACCUUUCAAUGCAAAGAUCAUUCGCGAAGUAGCGGCGGGAGUGAAGAAGUACUGCCCAAACGCUUUUAUAAUCGUAGUUACAAACCCGCUAGACUGCAUGGUAAAAUGCUUCUAUGAAGCGAGUGGAGUACCCAAAAAUAUGGUGUGUGGAAUGGCCAAUGUGUUAGAUUCAGCACGGUUCAGGCGCUUCAUUGCAGAUGAGCUGCAUAUUUCACCUCGAGACAUCCAAGCUACCGUUAUCGGCACACAUGGCGAUCAUAUGUUGCCUCUCGCUCGCUAUGUAACAGUCAACGGCUUUCCUAUACGAGAAUUUAUUAAGAAAGGAAGAAUGUCAGAGGCGAAAUUGGCAGAGAUCGUAGAGCGUACAAAGAACGCGGGUGGGGAGAUUGUGAGACUUUUGGGACAGGGGUCGGCUUAUUAUGCUCCAUCCCUAUCUGCUAUAGCAAUGGCCCAGGCAUUCCUGAAAGACGAGAAGAGAGUGCUCCCGUGCAGUGUAUAUUGCGAGGGUGAGUAUGGGCUUCGCGAUAUGUUCAUCGGUUUGCCGGCUGUAAUCGGCGGCGGAGGAAUUGAGCAGGUUAUCGAGCUCGAGCUCACGCCCCAGGAACGUGAGUUUUUCCAGAAGUCAGUCGAGGACGUGCAGAAGUUAAAUAAGGGCCUAGCAGCCCUGGGUUGA